AUGGCGCCAGACGCCGACCCCCGUGUCCCCGCAUACCCCUCCAUCAAAGAAAGCGAUAACGACAACCAAACCGAUAACACAAGCAGCGGGACAGCAAAACCAGCUCCAGAAGCGGAAGACCAAAGCGCGCGCAUCAGCACCACGCUCUCCAACCAGCUACAGCAAGAAUGCAGCGAUCUCCUCUCCGAAGUGGACGCCUACCAAUCCCUCCUCGCAUCCACGCUCCGCAACCCGCAACUCGUUGACGUGCGCCAGUUCCGCACAAACGUUCAUACCGAGUCGAAAAUACUGCAGAAAUUGGGCAAGCAGAUUGAAGAGGCUGUUGCGAAUACUGGGCCGCAGGAUGAUCCAGACGUGGAAAUGAGACUGGUGCAUGCGCUGCGGUCGUCGAAUCUGCCGUUCUACCAGGCUGUUUGGAAGAUCGCGAAGGGGUCUUGUUCGGGCUUGCUGGCGCUGGGGAAGAGGGGGGAGACGAAAGCUACGCUGCGGGAGAAGGUGAAGGGCAUGCAGCCUGAAAAGCAGCCGAAUAAGGAUAAGCGCAAGAGUGUGCUUGUGGAUAUUGUUGCGGAUGAUGGGGAGGAGUGGGUUAAGGUGUCGAAUAUAUCGGAGAAUCGGCUGCUGUUUGAAAUGGCAGAGAAGGGAUGGGACUGUGAUAGUGAUGAAGAGUGGUCGGAUGAUGGCAAGGGACGGACUGUGUUGCAGAACUCUGAUGACGAGGAUGAUGACGAUGAGUUGGAGCUCAUUAAGCUAGCUCAGGAUCUAAGGAAGGCGGCGAAUGCUACGCGGGUCAGGUAUAAGCAUCCUCGGCCUCGGGUUGUGAUACCCAGAAUUGAAGAAGGAAGUGUUCCUGAGAUUGAUGCUAUUCUAAAUCGAAUGAGGAGCUAUGGAGUUCAAGUUGACUGCCAAGGUACUUUGCCAACGAAAGCUAGUGAUUCGUUGACCCAUCUCCUCCCUCAACCGUUCAGGAAGUUCUCUUCCACUCUGAAUAUCGACUGCACUCUCCUCCUUGCCUUGGUGUCUGACCUGUCCCACAUCAAGGACAUUGUCCCAUCACCUCUAUUUCACCGCGCCAUCAUUCGACAAAUUGAAGUUGAAAAGGAAAAGCCACUGCUGGCGUCUGAGCUCUGGCCGGCCAUGAAUGAUCGCAAACUGAUUUCCACCACGGGAGCCGCGGUGCGCUUUCGAGAGAUUGUCGAAACAAUUGGCACAGAAACGGAGAAGAGUCGAACUCGAUUGCUGCUAGGAGAGGAGCCGUAUGAAAACCUCGACCGUGAGGCCAUAUUGCAAAAAUUCCAGGAGUUGUCCGACUACCAAAUUCCUGCAGGGUGGCAAAUUCCUGUGAAAGUGGUUGAAGCCCAACAAGUCAUCGAAGCGGCCAAGACAAAGGGUGAUCUACACCCCGUGGUACAUGAAGUUGAGAAAGACUUGUCGGAUAUCAACAAGAGCGUGUUUUUGUACGGUUGGGUCACCGGGUUGACAACCAUUUCCAGCAAUCGUACAAUCGACAAGCAAAUCGAGGCCACAGUCGAAAGUAACAGGAAUAACGACGAUGACCUUAGAGGCCCAGAUGUUUGGAUCUGCGACACAGCACGGAGUUUGGUGGGGAAAGACAAAGAUAGAAAAGCGUAA